AUGUCCACAGCUCGCACGACCACGGCCAUCAAAGGCCGGCAUACUGCGCCAGCCAGGCCUGCUGGCCAGCCGGAGAGCCUCAAGCCGCCCUCCAUAUCGCAUGCCAACCCCAAAGACUCGAUGAAGUCUACAUGGCGUCGUCAAAACCGCUCAGAGUGGACCAUCUAUCAUUGGUUCUAUGAGCUUUUGGGAAUCCAUCCCACGCACCUUGACAGACACAUUCCGAUCCACCAAAAGACCGACAAGGUACCCCAUAUGCACGAGCGUUCACUGCAUUCCUGGGUGCUCCUUCAUGCCUUCAUUCCGAUACUCCUGCAGCACCUCUACGUCACCUGGACCGGACGAAACUUCACGGCCUUGCAGGCCUUUUUCUUCUACAGCGCCGCCUACAAGCUCAUCGCCAUCCACGAACUGCAUAUCCUCCGCCGCCUCGGCCAUAACAUAGGUUUCCUGGACGGCGAUGCGCACGAGCGCGACGGCAUUCCCGAUGUCGGUGUUAGCAAGGUCGUUUUCUCGCUCGUUUCAACCUCGACCUUCCGACCAAUCGCCACCGUCUUCCUCAGUUACCGCUACAGCCAAGCACCCGCAGACAUGAACUGGCUUUGGCUGCCGCUGGAAGCCGGUCUGUACGGCAUCAUCCUCGACUUUUGGUUCUAUUGGUAUCACCGCCUGAUGCACGAGGUCGGGAGCCUUUGGCAGUACCAUCGCACCCACCAUCUCACCAAGCACCCAAACCCGCUGUUAACUUUAUACGCCGAUUCGGAGCAAGAGUUCUUCGACAUUCUUGGCAUUCCGUUACUUACCUACUUCUCUAUGAAGGCUAUGGGUAUGCCUAUGGGAUUCUACGAGUGGUGGAUUGGCCAUCAGUAUGUCGUCUUCGCUGAACUUGCCGGUCAUAGCGGUCUGCGCCUCCAUACAUCGCCACCCAAUCUACUCAAUCCGCUACUGCAAUGGUUCAAGUGUGAGCUCAUUAUUGAAGAUCACGACUUGCAUCAUCGUAAGGGUUGGAAGACGAGUGGCAAUUACGGCAAGCAGACCCGUCUAUGGGACGUUGUUUUCGGCACCUGCAAGGAUCGCAUCGAAUGCCAAGACGACAACAUUGACUGGGAGAACACAGUUUCCAUGCCACUCUUUUAG